AUGGAAGACCCCGAUAGCCAGGAAACUCGCGAUUUCGUCACAGCGCAAAAUGCACUAACGAAUGAGAUUCUAUCGGGGAUAAAGGGUAGGGAGAAGCUGAAGGAGCGACUGACGGAUCUGUUGGAUUCUCCUGAGUAUGGUUGUCCGUUCAAGUACGGCAGCAACUACUUCUACUUUCACAAUACUGGGCUCCAAGCACAUAGUGUUCUCUACGUGCAGAAAUCGCUGGAAGACGAAGCCGAGGUUCUGCUGGAUCCGAACACGUGGAGUGACGAUGGGACUGUAUCUCUUGGCACGUACUCUUUUAGCGAGGAUGGCGAGUACCUGGCGUACGCUGUGAGCCAGAGCGGCAGCGAUUGGAACGCCAUUAAGGUGCUGCGCGUGGGGACUAAGGAUAACGAGCCGGACGAGCUCAAGAACGUGAAUUACACGUCUAUUGCGUGGACGCACGACAACAGGGGCUUCUUCUACAACCGAUACGACGGAGUGGAUGCGGAGGGGGCGGCAGCAGGGACGGCGAGGGUGGUGAAUCAGCGGGUGUACUACCACGUGCUGGGGCAGGCGCAGGCUGACGAUGCGCUGUGCUGGGAGAGCAAGGCCCAUCCCACGUGGAUGUUUGGCUCAGAAGUCAGCGACGACGGUCAGUACCUCAUUAUAAGCACGUGGGCGAACUGCGACCACGACAAUCUUGUCCACGUCAUCAACCUCCAGCAGCUGCCACGUGGACGCCUGGAUGGCUCUCCAGUGCACGCUGCCUCUGCAUCUGAUGGGAACAAUAGGAAGGAUAAGGAAGAUGAGAGCGUUGAGAAGGAUGCAAGCAAUGAGAAUGAAGAGACUGUAGUCUUUAAAAGAGAUGAUAGGGAUGAUGAGGAUGGUGGGGAUGGUGGCAGUGGUGGGGAUGGUGGGGAUGGUGAUGGUGGUUCUGUGCGCCUGCCUGCCAUCGCCCUUAGACGCCUCUUUGACGGCAUGUUCAGCUACGUGACAAAUGACGGCCCGGCGUUCACCUUCCACACCAAUAAGGACGCGCCACGUGGCAAGGUGGUGCGGAUUAUUCUGCCAGAGGGUACUGGGUCGGACGGUGGGCACGAGGAAGGGGAGGAUGAAUUGGGGGGUGCAGAGGGCAGGCAGAAGAGGAAGGAGGGGGAGAAGGGGGAGGAAGAGGAUGGGAGGUGGGAGGAGGUGAUAGGGGAGGCGGAGGGGGAUGUGUUGGAGUGGAUCCGGUGUGUGAACCAGGACAUGCUGCUGCUCUGCUACAUGCGCGACGUGAAAAACGUGCUAGAGAUCCGCUCCCUUACCGAUGGCUUGCUGCUCUCCACAGUGCCGCUCCCGAUGGGCGCUGUCUCCUCCUCCUCGGGUCGUCGCAGCGACAGCGAGGCUUUCUUUUCCUUCGAGAGCUUUCUCUCCCCCCGCACCAUUUUCCGCUGCGACCUCACCACCCCUCAACCUGAACCCGAGGUGCACCGGCAGCUGACCGUUCCAGGCUUCGACCCCUCUCUGUUUGAGGCGCAGCAAGUGUUUGUGCCCAGCACCGAUGGCACCAGGAUCCCCAUGUUUGUGGUGUGUCGUAAAGACCUCCCCCACACAUCAGACCACUUCACUCUCCUGUACGGCUACGGAGGCUUCAACAUCUGCAUCAAGCCGUCCUUCAGUGUGGCCCGGGUGCUGCUGAUGAGGCACCACGGAGCCGUGGUGGCAGUGGCGAAUAUCCGCGGAGGGGGGGAGUACGGGGAGAGGUGGCACAAGGAAGGCGCGCUGGCCCACAAGCAGCAGUGCUUUGACGAUUUCUAUAGCUGCGCGGAGCAUCUGAUACGUGAGGGGUACACAUCGCCGUCGAAGCUGGUGAUAGAGGGUGGCAGCAACGGGGGGUUGCUCGUCAGUGCUGCUGUCAACCAGCGUCCAGACCUGUUCGCAUGUGCCUUGGCACACGUGGGGCUCACAGACAUGCUGCGGUUCCACCAGUUCACCAUCGGCCAUGCGUGGACCUCUGAGUAUGGCUGCUCCAGUGACCCGCACCAGCUCAAAUCGCUUCUCAGCUACUCCCCUCUGCACAAUGUGAGGCGGCCCUGGGAAGCUGCCAGCCCCACCAGCAGCAACAACAUCACAUGCACGCAUUCAGAUUCCGCUGAUGUGCCAGCAAAAGCUGACGUGGCAGCAGAAGCUGACGUGGCAGCAGUGAAGCGGCAGUGGGGAGAGCGCAGGCGGCAGUACCCGGCGGUGAUGCUGCUGACGGGCGACCAUGACGACCGCGUGCCGCCCUCCCACUCCCUCAAAUUUGCUGCUCAGCUGCAGCAUGUGUUGGUGCACAGGUGGAUGGUGGGAUGGGUGGGUGGGUUUUGGCCCGAAAGUGGGAUGAGAAUUGUGAUGCAGUGGUGGGUGGGUCCCUCCCGCUCCCUCAAGCUCGCCGCUCAGCUGCAGCAUGUGUUGGUGCAAAGCACAGGUGGGUGGCUUGCAGCAUGUGCUGAUGCAUGGGUGAACACGCUCGCGCCGCAGCUACGCCUGGCUCUCCCCUUGCCUCUCCCUUGA